AAGGCGACGUUCGACGACAACAGCUGCAAUUCCGCCCGUCUCCGACGCCGCCGGUGUCUGGGGCGGUUCUGCUUCGUCUGGUUCUAAAGAGUCCCGAUCCUGCCUUCAAGCCAUGAAUCUGUUGUACACGGAUCGGCCGCCAUCAACAUGAACAUCUCCCUGCCCUUGCACCCCUCUUCGAGCCAGAGAAAUCGCGAUAGCAGGAACCACUUCAAGAACAACAACCAAGGAACCUCUCCCCAGUCUCCCAAUGGCCCGCUGAGGGAACUGACUCAGGAGCCGCCAUCCAUCAAUGAUCGGCUCAUUGUCGGCGUCGACUUCGGCACAACCUUUUCCGGAGUUGCCGCUGUCUACACCGGAACACCAGACGACAUUGAAAUCAUCAAGACAUGGCCCGGUGGUAAUGGCAUCACCUCGGACAAGGUCCCAACCGAGAUUUCCUAUGACCUCCCGGCCGGAGCGCCGCCUGGCACCGCGCCGACGGUGAAAUGGGGCUUCCAGUUCAAACCCGAGGAGUCGCGCCUGCGGUGCAUCAAGCUGUUCCUCGACCGCUCGCAGAAGCUGCCCUUUUACGUCAGCCCCCUGGAGACGGCCGCUCAGCUCAAGCGGUACAACAAGACGGUCGUCGACGCCGUGAGCGACUACCUGACCCAGAUUUACAAGCACACAAUGGACACGCUCAAGCGGCGGUAUGGCGAGUCUUUCAUGGCGUCCACCAAGGUCGACUUUGUUCUGACCUGUCCGGCUGUGUGGUCCGACGCGGCCAAGAAUACUACCCUCCAGGCGGCCGAAAGGGCCGGCAUGGGCUCGCAGUCGCAGAUUCAGAUGAUCAGCGAGCCAGAGGCUGCAGCGGUUUACACGUUGAAAGCCAUACAGCCGAAUCACCUGAAAGUCGGGGACAACUUCAUCGUCUGUGAUGGAGGCGGCGGUACCGUCGACCUGAUUGCGUACAAGAUUGUCUCCCUGAGACCGCUCCGGGUAGAGGAGUCCGCGGUCGGGACGGGAGGCCUUUGCGGGAGCGCUUUUCUCAACUAUCGUUUCGAGGAACACGUGAAGAACCGGAUAGGCCAGAGUCGGUUCGACGAGAUGAAGACGAAAAAGGCAAAAACGUGGCAGAUGGGGCUGCGCUACUUUGAGGAGUUUGUUAAGCGCAACUUCAACGAGGACGAGCACCAGGAAGUGAACGUCCCGUAAGUAUUCCUUCCACCCGCACCAAAAGAAAAAAGGGCCGUUUUAACCAUGCAUCCAUUCCCCGUUACUAAUCCUCCAGAUUCCCCGGCCUCCCUGACGACGAAGAGGCCGGCCUCGACUCGGGCUUCCUCGUCAUGACAGCGGAGCAGAUCAAGGACAUUUUCGAGCCCG